AUGAAAUAUUACAUGGAUGAUGAAAAUAUGAAUGGGAAAACAAAAAUCGAUGAGGAAAUCGAAUCGGAUAAAAAUUAUAAGUUUAAAAAUGAACAAGAUGAUGAUAAUGGAUUGAAAAUAAUUAUAAAACAAGAAACGAAAAAUAAAGAACAAGAAAAACAAUCCGUUAUAACGUAUCAAAAUUCAAAUAAAAAUACAAUGAUGGAAAAUGUCGGAGAUAAAGAUGACAACGAUGAGAAUAAAAGACUGUGGGAAAGAAGUGGAGAAGAAGAAGAAGAAUGUAAAAUAAAUGGUGAUAAUGAUAUGGAUAAAAGAAAUACAGAAAUUCACAUCGUCAAUUGCGAACAUCAAUAUUCGAAAGAACCUAAUAGAAUAAUGAUGAAAUCGAAAAAAUUCGAUGUUAAAAACGAAGGUGAUGAUGGUGAUGAUGAUGACGAAAGCCAAAGAGGUACUAGUCAAAGAGAGAGUGCCAUACAUUUCAAUGAUGAUUUAAACGAACAAGAAACCAAAGUGAUACUACAUUCGAACAAUCAAUACGUUCAUCAAAAUAAGGAAAAUAACGUGACGUCAUUUUUAACGACGAGAAAUAUAUCGGCGGAUAAUUACGUGAAAGAAGAAUAUCGCGAACGGGAUGAUUUAAAAGAAGAAGAAGAGGAUGAUGAAAAAUCGUACAAAAGUCAUAAAAUAAUGGCUUGCCUUCCGGAUUUUCAACAGAGUUACGGAGAAGCGGAAAAUUUAAAAAGGAAAAAUUCUAGUCGCUAUGGAGAAAAACAUUCAACGAAUUACGAACCGAAAAAAAUUAUGCGGUUAGAUAAAAAUCCCGGCAUGGCGUCGUAUACGAUCGAACAAAAUAAUAAAUCCACCGUUCAUCAUUACCCGGAUAGGGAUCUAUACAUUAAUCAAGGGAUUCAAAAUGUGGAAAACAUGGAACAAAAUAACGGUUAUUCGGAUAGGUUGUCUGAAAGGGGGAUUGAAUUUCGAAACAUUGAAAUGAGAUACAUCGAAAAUGUAAAAGUCGAUCCUUCGAGUUUCAGCGUCAUGACCCAUGCCGAACGUGAUCCCAUGCUUGGAGAUUCAUACUCGGCAUCCCCGAAAAUCGUUUCCUAUCCUAUUGAAUAUCAAAAAAUCCCCGGCGGCGAAUAUCACGUCAAGUACGAAGAUAACAACGAAUCCGGUCAUUCGAGAAGAGAUUUAGAACAACAUAAUAAUCAAUUGAUUGUUAAAAAUUCAAAUCAAAUCAUUCAUUCCGAUAUCCUACAAUCGAAUAUUCCAGAAUCCGCUCCUGGACCAACAACGACUUACACGACUUUGCAAACCGUGUCUCAUCCACCGUCGAACGCGUACAACAAUCUCUACCCUCAAAACGAAUACCAUGACACAUACGUACAAAAACCUUCGAAUCCAACCCCCGUCUACGAAAUACAUAGAAACAACGAAGACAUUUACAAUAAGACGACGGGUGAAGUUUGUUACAGGAACAAACAGGAUAUGAAUCACGGAUACGGUUCGAAAGUACCUGAAGGACCGGUUAUCGGGUAUCCUGGUGCUUACAUAACGGAUGACGGACAAAGACUUACAUCGAUAGGAGGACCAGAAGAAGUUCACACCGAAUUCGUAAUUAAACACGAUGGCACGACUUCGAUUAUAGGAAGUAACAAAACGAUUGGUGAACAAUUGGUUUUACCAUACGAUCAACAACAUCAACAAUCCCAUCAAUCCGAUUCGAAUAUAAUUACAUUUUACGCACCCACUGGAACUCCUUAUCAAUGUCCAGUGACGGCAACUAAUUACACGACAACUCCCAACGUCGAAUACGAUUCGUACACGGAUGGAAAUCAACAUUCAAAUUCAAAUCAAAUAAAUCAUUAUUCGGAUUACAUUCCAAAUUCUGCUUCCACGUCAUGGAGUCCCGAAACAUACAUAAACGAUGUUAAAGAAUGUGUGAAUUGUGCAACGUGUAGGACGCCAUUGUGGAGACGAGACGAUGAUGGUCAUUAUCUUUGCAACGCAUGCGGAUUAUACAACAAAGUAAACGGAGUCAACAGGCCGUUAAUAAAAGCCAACAGCAAAAAGUACAACAGCGUGAGUAGUUCUUCUAACUCUGCUAGUCCUUACUCCGAGUCGCCCGCAAAUAAUAGAAGAACUGGAGUCGAAUGUGCAAAUUGUCGCACAACAAACACAACACUCUGGAGAAGGAACAAUACCGGAGAACCUGUUUGUAACGCUUGCGGACUUUAUUUCAAAUUACACGGCGUUCCGAGACCACUAUCGAUGAAAAAAGACGGUAUACAAAGUAGAAAAAGAAAACCUAAAACUGGUAGCAUAAAUCACAUGAUGAAACAACAAAAAACUCACCACGGUAGAAUUUUAAACAUUGAAAUGGAACCCAGAAUGACAUCGAGAACGUAUCCUCAUCAUUUAGAAUACAACAGAGGGUCUUAUCAUCCUUUCAUUAUGGGACCAGUUGACGAACAACAGCACAUCAUUCAUUCCGAAGAACAUAUUCAGGCUCCACCGAGUCCGACGUUACCAUCUUCUGCUUUAUUAAACAGACAGAUAUCCCAAGUUCCACCGUUGGAUCCGACCACAAUAACUCUUCACGGACACAACGAUAUGAUAACACCCACCGGAGGUAUCAUCUCUAGAACUCAUACUCAAGAUGGUAAUAAUACUAAUAAUAAUAAUAACUCAUCAUCAUCUUCAUCUCAAAACUACGAAGUGUGA